AUGGCAUCGCCUUCAUGCCAGAUGCAGUUAUACUAUGGGCCAACCUCGCAUUUCUCACUAAUGCAACACACCUAUCGUGACCUUGUUUCUAAUCCAACCAUUCACCCGGCACCUUCUGGCGAAGUGGAAGAAGCAAGUGCUGGCCUGGACUUGUUCAGCUUCAGACGCAUCUUCUUCGGAACUCCAGAUACUCAUGAGAUCGGCAAGUCCAACAUCCCAAGUGACAUCCCUAUGAUGUUCUUGCCAUAUGAGCUGGCAAAGCUAUUUCUCUCACGAUUCUUAACUCAUCUCUAUCAUAUGCUGCCUCAUCGCCCCAAGGCUUACUACGAGCAAUGUUUGGAGAAGCUCUACAAUCCAUCCCCUACUAUUCAUCCCGAUGCCCUUACUCAAGCUAUCAUCUUGAUCAGCUUAGCAACGGGCUCGCUAGGCACCGAUCAUUUCGCCUGGGGAGAUGUUCUUUUUGAUCGUGUCAAGGCGUCUCAAUACGCGAACUACCAGAAUGAACAAGGUCGACCGAAUUCAGCUUUCUUGUAUCUGGGAUCAGCCGCUCGCAAGGCCCUCUCUGCUGGCCUGCACAAAGACGUCCCUCAUGAGGACACUCAAGACCAGGAGACCAUUGAAGAGCGACGAAUCACAUUCUGGUCUCUCUAUUCCUUCGAAACGUGGUUCUGCUUUCACGUCGGUCGACCGAGCUCAUUGUCCUUGAGGGAUGUCGCUAUUGAAUAUGCAAAAGAUCCGUUCAUUCGGCUCUUGACUGAAUUUUGCAAGACUGUUUCUCGUUCCGGUGAUGAGAUUUACGGCCAACGACACGAGUCAUUGUUGCACAUGUGGCGAGUAGCUCGAUCGAUCGCUCAUGACCUUCGUGCCCAUGAGGUGCAGAUGCAGCAGGCGCUCGGGUUUGGCCUGAAUGGGAGUAUCCAAACGGGUUCUCUAGGUGUCCGUCAGACGAUAUUUAUUACUCUAUACUAUCAUACUCUCCUUCUGACCUUCCGCCCCUUCCUGAUUUUCCGUGGUCACUGGCAGAGGGACAUGCAAACGUCUCUUCAACAGCCUGGCGGGGGCUCGGCAAGUCGCCCGACCGAGAUGCCGACUUGGUUGAAUGAGGCCUGCAAUCACACCCUUACAGCUGCGAGAGAAAACUAUCCAUCAUCUAUGCGAAGCCAACUACGAUACCACGGAUAUUUCCUCGCCAGCUCGACCUUCACCCUGAUAUACGACCUUCUUCACGACCCAACCACAGCCACAACCCAUCUACCUUGGAUCUACGCAUCCCUACAAAGCCUGAGCACGAUGCGAGAAGGUGAUCCAAUUAAAGCCACCAUCUCAGCCAUUCAAACAACCCUGCGCAAGAUCAACCCUUCCUAUGAGUGGUCACCCUAUCCAAAAGCCGAAGAAUAUUCCUCAUCGAACAUACAACGACCAACUUCCAUCUCCCAGGCCCCAGGAAACCACAAUAAUCAGUCAUGGGUCCCUCCAGACCCAUCACUCCCUCAAAGACCCUUCUUCAGCCAACAACCAGACUUAUCAACGCCACAAUGGAAUUUGCCGUUACUCGAUGGACCGGAGACGGGGGGAUCGGGGGCUUCAAAUGAGGAUCUACUUGAUUUUACUCAGUCUGACAUGGGUUGGAACUUUGAUUUUUCGACUAUGGACUUGGAGGCCUUUUUCUCGACACAUCAGGCUGCAGAUUCUGCAUUCCCUUAA